AUGGCAGCAAGCGCGGGAAACUUCUCUUGGGCAGGCAACAGCAAAAGAGUUACAGCCGAUGCAGCUGGGGUCACCUUACCCCACCCUCUUUCCAACCUCAAUCUUCUAGAUCCAUCAGCUCUAUCUCAGCUCGACGAUGAUGUUCUUACGCAGGAGAUCAAGAGGCGUAAACUGCUAGCUAAGGAGGCUGCAAUCAAGAAAGGAGCUGUCAACACCUUUCACGGUGUUCAGGAAGCUGCUCAGGCAGCGCCUCCAGUCCGUCGGGGAGGCCGGCAGAGCAAACGUGGCGGAGCAGGGCGCGGUCGUGCUAACUCUUCGAAUGGCAAAAUUCCCGCUGGUGCAACCUCCGCUGCCCCUGAUUCCGCCGGCGAACCCUCCCCUGCCGAUACUGGAGUCGCGAUCUCGCCUACACUGGCUCUCGCAUCUGAGGAUCUCAAUAACGCCGCUGGUGGCGUUGCCUGCAGUGCACCCGAAGCCGCUCCUCUCACUGGCGGCGUAGGCUGCAGUGCACGUGAGGCCGCUCCUCUCGCUGGCGGCAUAGGCUGCAGUGCUCGUGAGGCCGCUCCUCUCGCUGGCGGCGUAGGCUGCAGUUCUCGUGAGGCCGCUCCUCUCGCUGGCGGCCUAGUCUGCAGUGCACGUGAGGCCGCUACCCGAGCUCUCCCUGCACCCGCCUCUGCUGCCGGGGUGUACGCUCCGGGUCCGAUGAUGACAGCAGUCCUGGAGGCCGCUGAGGAGGGAGGCGCGAUUCCGUUCGGCGAUUUCGGCAUUGAGGCUGGUAGCGAUGACGACGAGCUCAACGAUGACGAUGCGGAUGAUGCUGUCGGUGCUCAAGCGGGAACUGAUGCAGAGUUGCGCGAAGCGGAGGUUCGCGCAGCGGAGUUGUGCGCAUCGGAGAUGCGCGCAGCGGAGCUUCGCGCCGCGGAGCUUCGCGCAUCGGAGUUGCGCGCAGCAGAGGCGCGGGCAGCGGAGUUGCGCUCAGCGGAGUUGCGCGCAGCGGAGGUUUGCCAGACGGAUAAGGCAACACCCACGUCGCAUCAGAAUGAAACGGCAGCUCCCGCAAGGCGUGAACGGUCGCAAGCUCAGCUGCAGGAGGCAAGGACCAAGAUCAAGACGGUGGAGGCUGAACGUGACCGUCUGAAAGUGCAGCUGGAGUCGAUGCAGCGACAGCUUUCCGUGGAAGUCGCUGGAACGAGCACGGACGUGGGUGCGGUUCGGGACCCUUCUGACCCACAUGUCCGAAUGGAGAACGUCCGUAAGGACGGUGCCUUAAACCCGAUCAUUCUGUCAUCGCUCAGCAGCGAUGAUGCGUUCGAUGAAAUGGUGGGUAAAACCUUCGCCUGGCUCAUCACCCUUGCCCCUGCAGGAGACAUGGAGUUCUAUCCACUGUGGGAAGAAUUCCAGCCGCAUUUGGUGCGCAAGUACAUAGCUGAGGGGACCACGCAAGAUGAGUACUACCUCUUCAUGGGCGGGAACAGCAAGCGCAUUGAACGGGCGCUGAAGGUGAUCGGCUGCAAACGUGCGAACAUGAACAAGCCGAUCAAGCUCUGGGCGUGGGGUGCUGGUGGCGUCAUUGACAAGGAAAAGUGGUUCCUCUUGAAGGUUGGUGGCAUCAUUCCAACACAGGCGCGUGAUGAGAAGGAGUGGGUCGAGAAGUUUAAACAUCGUGAGUAUUCUGUUCGGUUGAAACCUUAA